UAUCAUUGACGGUUAGUCUUCUACCGGCUACGGUGUGGAGUGCUUCGAGUCUGUGUGUUUCUGCGCCGUUUGAAAAGAAGAGGCCUGGGGAAAGAUAGGAAAAAAUAUCAGAAGCCAGUAAAAGCUAACCAUGCUGUGUUCUUGCAGCGUGGCGAUAAUCGCCAUCCUCUACUUUCUGUUCGAUGUGAACUACUUCGUGAGAAUAAUCUUUACUGUCCUGUGGGGCAGACUCUUCGAGAAGAAGAAGAAGCUCUUUGACACGACCACAAUUUACGGCAUGUGCAGCACUCAGGAUGUCGAUCUGGUUCUGAAGCACAUGAAUAACGCAAGGUACUUGCGCGAGUUGGAUUUUGCUCGUUUUCAUUUCUACGACAGAUCGGGUAUUUACGCAGCGGUGGCAAAAAGAGGUGGAAGUGCUGUACAAGGUGCAUCCACUAUACGAUAUCGCCGAGCAAUCCCCAUUUUUACGCCGUACAGGGUCACCACGAAGCUCAUUUACUGGGAGGACAAACACUUCUACAUAGAGCAGCAAUUCAUCAGCCUCUCGGAUAACUUUAUCCGUACCGUUGUAUUGAGUAGACAGACUGUAACUGGUUUGAAAGUACCGGUGGACGAAGUAAUUACCGAAAUGGAACCGGAAGUCCGCAGACCGGAACCCACUCAAGAGCUCAAGUUGUGGCUGGAUUCAAUGGAAGAAUCAUCUCGAAAUCUGAAGAAACAGAAAUAAGAGAAGAUUAAUUUAUUGAAUACUGUUUAAUUUAAUUCUUACUUAAUGGUGUAUGUGAUCUCUUCUUUAUAUUAUUACGAAUUAUAUUUAUAUUAUUUUUUGUUUUGAAGAUUUUUUGUUAGAAUAUUGUAUUUAAUGUAUUUAAAUUAGGGUAUUGUAAAAUGGCAUUAUUAAAUAGAUCAAAAAUAAAAUUUGAUUUAAUU